CUCCCUCCGCCGUCGUUUGUUGUGGCUGUUAAAUUUUAAACUGCCAUGCACUCCACUUCCAGUAUGCUGGGAGCGGUGAAAAUGGAAGGCCAUGAGCACACGGACUGGAGCAACUACUACGGGGAGCCCGAGGGCUACUCCUCGGUGAGCAACAUGAACGCGGGGCUGGGCAUGAACAGCAUGAACACCUACAUGACCAUGUCGGCCAUGAGCAGCACGGCCAACAUGACGGCGGCCACCUCCAUGAACAUGUCCUACGCCAACACGGGCAUGAGCCCCUCGCUGGCCGGCAUGUCCCCGGGCGCGGGGGCCAUGCCGGCCCUGGGCUCGGGCUACGCCAACACGGGCAUGAGCCCCUCGCUGGCCGGCAUGUCCCCGGGCGCGGGGGCCAUGCCGGCCAUGGGCUCGGGCAUGGGCGCCCACCUGAGCCCCAGCAUGAGCCCCAUGGGCGGCCAGGCGGGCUCCAUGAACGCGCUGGCUCCUUACUCCAACAUGAACUCCAUGAGCCCCAUCUACGGCCAGUCCAACCUGAACCGCUCGCGGGACCCCAAGACCUACCGGCGCAGCUACACGCACGCCAAGCCGCCCUACUCCUACAUCUCCCUCAUCACCAUGGCCAUCCAGCAGUCCCCCAACAAGAUGCUGACCCUCAGCGAGAUCUACCAGUGGAUCAUGGACCUGUUCCCCUUCUACCGCCAGAACCAGCAGCGCUGGCAGAACAGCAUCCGCCACUCGCUGUCCUUCAACGACUGCUUCCUCAAGGUGCCGCGCUCGCCGGACAAGCCGGGCAAGGGCUCCUUCUGGACGCUGCACCCGGACUCGGGGAACAUGUUCGAGAACGGCUGCUACCUGCGCCGCCAGAAGCGCUUCAAGUGCGAGAAGCAGCUGGCGGCCAAGGACGGCGGCGGCGCCGGCGGCAAGAAAGGCCCUGGCAAGGGGGGGGGCGGCAAGAAAGGCCCUGGCCAAGCUGGCAACCAGCCGCUGGGCGAGGGCAGCUCCUCGGGGGGCUCCGAGGGCUCCGCCGGCGCCGAGUCGCCGGCCAGCUCCUCGCCGUGCCAGGACCACAAGCGCGCCCUGGCCGACCUCAAAGGGCUGAGCCCCGGCGAGCCUUCGGCCUCGCCCGGCCAGCAGCAGCAGCAGCAGCACCUGCUGGCCCCGCCGCACGCCGGGCUGGCCCACGAGGGCCACCUCAAGCCCGAGCACCACUACGCCUUCAACCACCCGUUCUCCAUCAACAACCUGAUGUCGUCCUCGGAGCAGCAGCACCACCACCAGCACCACCCGCCGCACCACCAGCACCACCACCCGCACAAAAUGGACCUGAAGGCUUACGAGCAGGUGAUGCACUACUCGGGCUACGCCUCGCCCGUGCCCGCGGGCUUGGCCAUGGCGCCCGUCACGAACAAAAGCGCCCUGGAGGCCUCGCCUUUGGCCGGAGAGACUUCCUACUACCAAGGCGUCUAUUCCCGGCCCAUCAUGAACUCCUCCUAAGCGGGAAAACG